AUGCACAUCAACAUGAAGACCUACCUGAGCAGUUUAGCACUGAUACUUGCGUGCUUCAUCGGUCAUGUCGUGGGCCAAGAUCUGAAGGGAGAGCUCGAAGGCGUAGGUUUGACCGCAUUAUUUCCUGGGGACCCAGCAUACAAGAAUGCAAGCCGAGCUUUUAACCGUCGCUUUGAUCUGUACCCAGUGGCUGUCGUCUAUCCAGAGAACGCGCAGCAGGUCGCUGCUGCUGUCCAUGUGGGAGCCUCUAAUCAUCUACAGGUUUCUGCCCGUAGUGGCGGGCAUAGCUACAUCGCGAAUGGCCUAGGGGGAGAUGAUGGAGCGCUAGUUAUCGACCUCAGCUUGCUCAAGAAUAUCACGGUUGAUGCCAAUACUGGUACCGCCAUUAUCCAGCCCGGAGCUAGACUUGGAGCCGUUGCUCUAGCCCUGAAUGACCAGGGGCGAGCGCUCCCUCAUGGGACAUGCCCAUACGUUGGUCUUGGAGGCCAUGCAUCAUUUGGUGGAUUCGGCUUUGCGUCCCGGAUGUGGGGGCUUACUCUCGAUCGCAUCGUUUCAGUAGAGGUUGUCCUUGCGAACGGUACGAUUGUCACAGCAUCGAACACGACCAAUACGGAUCUCUUCUGGGCUAUGCGCGGGGCUGGUCCUUCCUUCGGCAUCACCACCGCGUUCACCUUUGCCACAGAGCCCGUUCCUUCGUCAGCGUAUGCGUUCCGGUACAACUGGACUCACCUCCCCGCCGAGGACUUCGCACGCAUCGUCUCAGCAUACCAGAAUUUCGUCCUGACCGACCUGCCGCCGUACUUUGAUGCGGAGCUCAACAUACGCCCAGGUGACCUUCCAGGCACCGCGACAGCUGAGAUGCUGGGCGGAUGGUACGGUAACAUACUGGAUUUGAACGCCACUGUGCAGCCUCUACUGGACACUGUGCCCAUUCAACCCAAUGUGACCAUCGCUGACGGGACGUGGCUGGAGACCCUUGUGGAUUUUGCAGGGUCCAGCUUGAACACGAGCGCGCCUGACACAUCGGACACGUUCUAUGUCAAGUCCUUGAUGACGCCUGAGGACUCGCCCAUGAGCGAGGAGGCCAUUAGCGCCUUUGCGGCAUACGUGACGAGCGAGGGGCACAAGACUAGCACUAUCUGGUUCACGCAACUCGAGCUUUAUGGCGGGCCCAAUUCGGCGAUCAACGCCGUCCCGCUCGACACGACGGCGUUCGCGCACAGGUCCUCCCUGUUUACCAUCCAGUUUUACGCAUCGUCGCCAAACUUCCAGCCUCCGUAUCCUGAAGAAGGAUUUUCGUUCUUGGAUGGUAUGGUCUCGAGUAUCAUAAACAACAGCCCGUCCAAUUGGAACUACGGCGCCUACACGAACUACAUCGACGACAUGUUGAAGAAUUCCUCGUCUUUGUACUAUGCCACGCACUACAAGCGGCUUCAGGCCAUCAAGAAAGAAGUCGAUCCCAACAACGUCUUCCACUUCAAGACAUCCAUCGGGGAACCUUAA